AUGCCCGUGGACUUCGGCAAUCCGAGUUAUUGGCAUGGCCGUUUCUUGUCGGAAACAUCCUUUGAGUGGCUGGCACCGUCUGCUGCUUUCAUCGAAAUCAUCGAACCGCACCUCCGGCACUUGUCCCCUUCGGCUCGUAUCCUCCAUCUCGGCCCGGGAACAAGCGACCUGCAUAACCACUUGCGAGCCCGUGGUUUCACCAAUGUUCUCAACGUUGAUUAUGAGCCACUCGCGCUAGAACGCGGCCAGCAACUGGAACGGGAACGGUUUGGCUCAGUCAAGACGAGUUACUUGGUGGCUGAUGCGACGAGUCUGGAACUGCCACAAAAGUACCAACUUGUGAUAGACAAGAGCACGGUUGAUGCGGUGGCCUGCGGCGAGGAUGGCGCGCUUAUUUCGAUGGGAAAAGCGGUCCGGGGCUGCUUAGAGAAAGAAGGGCUUUGGAUUUCGCUUAGCUACUCGGCAGCGCGAUUUGACGACCUCCGCGACCUGUACGACGUUGAGAUUCUCGCAAGGAUUCCGACGCCAAGACAAAAGUCUACCGAUCCAGAGAUUUUCCAUCACUGUUAUUUGCUUCGGCCUCGGUUUGCCGAGACCCGAUGA